AUGGGGAUUGUCGAUGGAUCCGAGAUUUACCAGGGACCUGGUAGUAAUCUAUCCAACCCGAAGUAUGGCUACGACUUUGUCAUCUCAACUACCCAAGCGAGUAUAAAUUCGAAUCUGUGCAUGUACCUGCACAACAACAUUUUGCCUUGUAAUUACUUUUGCUUCCUCUCGAAUCCCUCGAAUGCAAAUGCAGUGGUUCCAGUCACCUUGGAAGACCUUGUUGCCAAAACAGGCGGGGUUGAUCCCUUCAAGGUCCCGCGGGAUACCCCGCAUACAGACCCUCGGGUCCAGGCGCUAACCAAGGUGGGAUUCGCCGUUGGUGUCAAGAUCCGCAUGGGGCUUCCUCCAGGUGUAGAGCCCAAGAACCUCCCUCCCAUUCUAGAGCUUGGCGAUGUUGCCAACUUUGCCACGUUCAAUAUUCUCUGCUCUGACUUUCAUAUCGUUGAGAACGAGCUGGGUACCUCAGCCAGUCCCAAUGGUAAAUGGAAUGUCUGGAGGCAGCCAUCGGGCCGUCCAUGGACUCUCAAAACAUGGGUCAGCCUCGUUCAUGCUAGCCUCGACAAUCAAUUGAAUGGUUCACCGCACUUCGCCAAAAACCCAGCCAAGAAGCAACGACUCCUCAAAAGGCUUCAGAACAUUUCUAGCACGUCCUUCAGUCUGCAACAGCUGUUGCUGGAUAUGGAUAAUGCGACGGUUCAGAAUGUCCCUGUCAUCGAAGGCAUGAGGCCUGGCAGUCGAGCUCACCUUGUUGUCUCUGGCCAACUUGGGAACAUCUGGAAGGAUUUCACCAAGAAUUGCCACUGUCCUCCAAUUUCCGUUGUCGCCGUUCCUCAAACAUCAUCAGACCCUUCUAAGCUCCACUUGAAAUCCUUCGAUCUCCAAGUCAACCGUGUCAAGGACCGCAACGGAGAUGUCGUCAAGAAUCCUACCAAGGAACAGCUUGCUGCAACCACUCUCGAUUACCGCUGCAUGGCAAGUGGCAUAAAGCUACAACCUGCUAAGCCUUUCUCUUGGAAUUGGGUCGAACCAACAAGCAUCAAUUCCGAGAGCGGUGUUGUCGCCAUCAAGAGACAAGUCUUUUCUCAGUAUUUACUUGAUGCCAUUCUCCCUCAAGUUAAGAAAAGCUGCAUCACCACGGACCCCGUCGUGGGACAUCGUUCGUACGAAAACGGGAAACUAUGGGUAGAUUGGUCCUUGACCACCAUUAACAACCAGACGCCCGAGUCUGCCCCUUUUAGCGCGGGCGACCAACUAUGGGAUAUUAGCUACACUUCUGUUGACGACCCAGACACAAUCUCAACACGUGGAUCCGUGUGUGGCUCAGAUUAUUGUCGCUUGGACGUCAUCCCUUAUUAUCAAUGCACAGUCUCACUGGUCGGCAACACUCUGAAGAUUGGUCAAGAACUUAAUGUCAAAGUCAUGUUUAAGUGCUCUGGUGUUCCACUUGGCCCGAUAAGGAUCUCUUUCCAUGAGGAAUGCAAUGCAAUCUGGGCAAUUUCUAACGAUAACUAUGAGUUAUCAGUUGGGCAGACAGGUUGUCUUCAGAUUAUCCAUACCGGAAGCUUUCCAGAGCAUUCUUAUAACGAAUUCCAGAAUAACGACUCUUAUCUUCAGACCAAAGAGCUAUUGGGCAAGAUCAAAAGCGUCUUCACAGUACCAGCGCCCAUCGACUUCACCACCAUCAAUGCCGCUGCUUUGCAGAACUUUGUCUUUCCUGGCGGUAAGGUCUUUACCUAUAAGAAUGUCAGAGCGGCACCAAGUGGCGAUCUCCUCUGUAGUCUGACCUAUGUGGACCCCGACGAAGCCAUCACUUCUCCAGCAAUGCUCAAGAUCCCAGCCGCGAAGGCCGAGGAUGACGCCCAGUCUGCCCCAGUUGCUAUAACAGCCCCAGCUUCGACUACUCCAGCUUCCCUCACAUUUACAACGGAGAUGAUGCAGAACUACGUCCCCGGCGAGAUCAUCAAUCCUACUGGCAAGUUCGAGGCCUUGCAGACACAAGAUGGCCACUCUAUUCUCUUCAGCUUAAGCUCUGCGAAUGUGUUCCAGGCUAUUGUUGAGCAGAGCGGAGCCAGCUCAACAGGAUGGCGAAUAGUUGACCUCUCCUCUAGCGCCCUCAGUUCCGCCUUUGCCAGCGACAAGAGCGCAGUUGUCAAAACCUUUGACGCCAACCAAAGUGCCGUAGACGGGACUAUUAGUCUGGCUAUGGUUGUUACCUCUGGGGGUACAGAUCACCUGCUCUUGUCCCUGUACAACCACAACUCAACUGCUGCAUGGACUCCGUCGCCAAAUUUGUCUUGGAAGUUGGUUCCAUUUGAUGCUGCCGCGACAUCUAGCGCUGCGAUAGGCAUAGCAGGUGUCAUGUUUGCCGAGUCAGAUGCCAGUCACAAGCAACACAUUAUUGUUGACAUCGACCGCUCAACCUCCGACAAAAUCAAGCAGAUCUCUCGAUUCUACGUCAACCCACUAGCAACAGACAGACACUGGAACUCGCAUGGUGUCCCGGUGGACAUCCAAGACGGUAACUACCAAAGCUGCGUUGGCAGGUUCCAGAAUGAGCUCGUUGACGGAGUCUUUACCUGCGGUGUAUCUGGAACUUCAGGCCAACUGGUCUAUGUCCCCAUCAGCAACGCCUUUGGUUCGGGCCCGCCUGCGUCUCGCACUCUCAGCCUCCCGGGAAACGUCGCAGCGUCGGCGAUAGCAACGGCAAGAGCAUACAAUAACUCGACAGACUUGUAUGCCAUUGGGGGCCAGACUCUCUUCUGGUUCCCUGCAAACAGCCAGGCAGGACAGUCAGUUGCUACGACAAUCUUCAGCAACAGCAUAUUUCAGGGCACGACCGAGCUAUCAGCCAUGACACACGGCGGUGUUGCGACUAUUUGGGGCAAGAAUGGUAAUGAUCAGAUCUACUACUGCUCAUGUCCCAAUACACAGCUUGGCACGGCGGCAUCAUGGAGCACGCCUCUCCCGUUGAUGAACGGCAUAGAGAACAUGUCCGCCUUUGUGAACCGCACGGGCUACAGCAACACCAUAUUUGCUUCUGGGGGAACUUCUCUUUGGCGAUUAGUGCAGGCUACAGAGACAACUGCCAAGCUCUGGCGACAGGAGUCUCUUGUUAUUGAGGCACCGCCAAAGACCAAGGCUAUCGCAUUCAACUCGUACACUACCACCAUCCAGCUUGCAGACGACAAGAAGAUGCCUGCAGGUGAUGUCCCUGUCUCUAUCACAGCGCCUUCCCGGACUCCAGUCUACAUCAAUGGAUUGUACUACGUCCUGAGCUCAACUCCUAUCACUGUCUCCUCGGACAAGACUGGUACUUUGACGGUAGUUGAGGACACGUACAACACUCUCAACGGAACAUCCAUCACCGUUACCUGUGGCGGUCAUCCAACGGUCAUAGAUCCAUCAAACAAGCAUUUCCAAAAGAUCACCUCGCUCAACACACCCACUGCCUUGGGAGCAGCCACAAUCCCCAAAAAUGUCGUCGCGGGAGGCACUUCUGGGCCCUCAGUUACAGCCCCUCUUAUCGAUCCAUCCACUUCAUCCAACGACACACAAAGUGCUGCAACUACCUUGGGCAAUCUCAACACCGUCUAUGGCGCCAUCAAAAACCCAAAUGCACCUGUGAAGGUCGCCCCCAAGCCAGUCCCUCCCAAACCAAUCCCAGAGCAUCAUCCCAGCUCAGGCUUUUUUGGGUCAAUUUGCGACACCUUCGAAGAUAUUGGCCAUGCGAUCGAGGCUGAUGUUGGCGAUAUUUUCCACGCCCUCAAAUCAGGAGGGGAAGCUAUCGUUCACAUCGUCAAGGAGGCAGCAAGCAAUGUGUGGCAUUUCGUGACCAACAUCGCAGGCAAGGUCUACCAUGCAGUUCUCGGUACGGUUGAUGCAGUUGUUGGUGCUGUCGAAUGGGUGUUCAACGCCAUCAAGACGGUGAUCCAGGAUGUGAUCCGCUUCCUCGAGUUUCUCUUGGAUUGGGAGGAUAUCAAGCGCACCAAAAACGUUAUCUACAAUAUCGCCAAGCUGUUUAUGCAGGGGCAGAUCGAUCUGAUGGCAUCCGCAAAGCCGUUCUUCAAUGAGAGUUUGGAUGCCGUCGUAACCAUGAUCAACAAAUGGGCUGGUGACACAAGCUGGACGGCCACGAUUGGUCAGACUACAACACAGCCCUUGUCAGCAAACUGUCAGAAUCCGUCAGCAGGUCAGACAUCUGGCUCACAAAUGCUCUCUAACCACUACAAGAACAACGCUUCUUCCCUGACUCUCGUUGAUACCGACACAGAUGAUAGUGCGGUAGAAGAGCUUGUUAAUAAUGUCUUGACUCGUCUGGAGAAUGAAAACAAGACUAUAACAGCAGCAUACAACGACCUGAAGACCCUUGCCCACAACGUCCAUUCUCAACCUCUGCAAGAGUCUCUCAAGCAACUCCUUGCAAUGCUUGCCGAUGUCUUGAUCUCUACCCUUGGCAACGUUGGGGAUGCUAUUCUGGAUCUUCUGACAAAGGUCGCCAGUUCCGCCAUGCAGCUUCUUGACGCAAAGUUCCAUAUCCCAAUCGUGUCCGACAUCCUCAGCGAUCUGGGUAUAAGCGAGCCUUCUCUACUUGACCUCUUCUGCUGGAUUGUAGCCGUUGCUUAUACCGUCAUAUACAAAAUCGCCAACAACAGUGCCCCGUUUCCCGACAACGACGAUGUAAAUGCCCUCAUCAACUCCGAUACCUGGCAUACACUCCAAACCGUUCUGGGUCAACCACCUCCCCAGGACGAGCUCUCCUAUUACUCGCGCGCCGCUUCAUACCUCUGGUCAGCGCCGAAAGAAAUCAGUGAUUCGACAAAGAAGAGCAUAUACCGCUGCUUGCACACCAUUGGGACUGACAUUGAUCUCUUGAAUGUGUUUAUCGUCCCUCUUGAGGCCGAUGGUUCAUCAGACAGCAAGGAGGACGCCUUUAGUGGGCCUAUGUCAGUCCUAAAAUAUUUGCAUAUCGCUUGUCACGUUGUUGCUGGAAUGGCUGUGUCCCAAGAUCCUAUAUCAAACGACGUUCUCAAGGGCUUGCAUUACAGGAAUAUUGCUGUGAAGGUUGUGGCCGGUGUUGUUCUCAAGAAGAAAAUGAAGAAUUGCACCAAUAGAGGCUUUCCUACUCUUGAUAAGCGCGGGAUGGCGGCCUUGGUUAGUAUGGUUAUUGGGAACUGGGGGCUGUUCGUCACGGCGGGCCAUCUCUACGAGCUGAGUCACGAUGCUGCUAGUUCCGACCGGACGGCAGCUAUUCUCUUGGAGGUCGGUAAUAUACUGGGUGAAGUAAGCAAUGUUGCAUAUUGCGAAGCUGUCAAUGAUCCCGAGCCUACUACCAGAGAGGUUCCUCUCUUAGUUGUAGCUGGAGUGGGAUUGAUUCAGGCUGGGUUGGAGGUGUCGUUACUGGCAACUGUUGACUAA